AUGAGUGCAGGUGCUCAAGACGGAUCACCGAGGCAUGCCCAUGAGCCGCUAAUGAGCCGCCACUCAACUACCGCCAUCACGACGCUCAACAAAACCUCUGGCGUGACUCCUUGCCGUGGGUGUGAGCGAGGCGGGCGGCGCGGAGCCCAGGCAGGGCGCGGCGUGUGUUGGCGUGGCGGACGUGUGCGUGACCAGCUAGCCACACCAGCAGCGCCGACCCUGCCCUACCCAGCCCACCCCUGCCGUGCCCUCAUUACCCAGUGUGCCCUGCAGGAGGAGUCACGCCCGCGCCGCCGCCACAUCCCCCUCCAGCGCCACGUGUUUCAGCCGCCGCGACCCAAAAUGUUAGUUUCCCCGGCACGCCUCACAUUCCUCCGCCAGGUUAACCGCGCCUCGCCACGCCCCUCAGUCCCUAUACCUUCCCUCCACCACAUAUCCCUCAUUCCACCUUCCACCUCUCCAUGCCUCCACAACCACCGUCUCUCUCCACAUCCCCUCACAGAACCUCCCCCAGGCGGCACCACACACGCACCGCCUAUCAGCAGCCCCACUAAUGCAGUCACCCCGCCUGCCGCCCUCCACUCAAAUCCCCGCGCUUAUCCACCUGUUCUCCACACCUGCCUCACCACCUCCCCACCCCCUCCACACCUGCUCAAGACACCCCGACACCCCUCCACCCCUCCACACCUCUACCAACCCUACCACACCUGUACAAAUAUAUUCCAAUUUGCUCCACUCUGUUCCACACUCCACACCGUGGUGCUGUCCCCGCCCAUCCCCGCCCAUUCCCGCCCCCGCCCCGCCCACAUGCGCACCGUGACCCAGCAGAGAUAA